AUGGAUUUUGACCGACCGAGAAACGUUUCAUUUUUUGACUUUGCCGGUGGAGUUCAACUACUCCAUGGAGAGAACACCAGGUCAGUCCUCCCUGUUAUUCUGAUAGGGUUCUGUUGGACUGGAGUGAUAGGGAACCUAUUGAUACUACUGAGUCUCAUCCACGACCUGAGAAACGGGACAGCAUCCGAAGUCAACGCGCUACUUGCCGGUCUGAGUUCUACAGACCUAUUGAUCAUACUGCUGUGUGCACCUGUGCGCGCAGUGACCUACUACAGACAGACCUGGACCUUGGGAAGCUUGUUGUGCCAAACAGCGGAUUGGUUUCAGCACUCCUGCCUGAUCGCCAAAACGUUCACCCUGGCGGCAACAACCAGGGCAAGAUGUAACUUUGUUUUAAGCUCUUCUGAUAGCAAAUAUUUUAGCCCCGUGCAAAUCUAUGGAGCCCUGGCGUUCAUCUGGAUAGCAUCACUGGUCUCCUCCACCCCUCUUACGAUAUUCACGUCUUUACAGCCAUACCAUGACGUCAAGCUGUGCGUAACUGAAAUACCAUUUUGCGCAUCAGGGUUCAUGGAUGUGUUCUACAAGAUCUACCCAACCCUAACUUACGUGGUGCCCAUUCUCUUUACCGUUGUGCACUACACCAAGACACUACUGGACACGAAGCCAAAGGGGGACCUUGACGUGACCAGUGCUCAACCCCAGAACAAGGGGGCCACUGUGGUGUGGUUAUCUGUCAGUGUGGCCAACGCGCUCAUGCUACUGCCUGAAUGGAGCUCGUGGACUUGGGCUCGGCUGGGAUACAGUAAGAACUAUACACCUCCUGUGGGGUUCGUCAUCUUCUCUCAGGUCCUCAUGUACUCAUGUAGCUCUCUGUCUCCCAUCAUAUUCCUCACCGCAUAUGACGACGUGCGUCAUGGGCUCAACAGUCUGUGGCUUUUCAGAACUUGCAGACGCUCCAGUAUUAGCAUAAGUCCAAAUAUGGAGGAGAACGGAGCAGAGGGAGCCAUUGUCAUCUAUCCGCUAGUGGACUUGAAACAUGCGUCUUUGGAGACGCCAAAGGGGCGCAAUCUGCGCACAGACACUGCAUCCCGGAAGAUCUUUCCUGACUUGGAACACUUUUGGACAGAGCGUGUGAAUACGCACGAUCCACUUCCGUGGGAGUCGCAGGAGGAAAAAUCAUACUUUAAAUCAUGAAUUGAUCUGAGCGGACGGUCAGACAGACGAUUUUGGGA